AUGAUUUUAAAAUCUGAUAAAGAAAAUGACUCUCUUAAAAAUAAAACACUAUCAAAUAUAACUAGACUAUUUAAAAAUUAGAUGUCUCUCAAUAAUCAAGAUCAUUAGACAUCUUUAUUUGAAGAUUAUAAAUUAGAGGCUUAAAUUGGAAAAAGAUUUAUUUUGCUCAAGUUAGAAUUUCUAGAUAUAAGCAGAGUGGAUAAUGUUUUGAUAUAAAAAUAUAUUGAAAAAAAUAAGUUGGAUCUUAAAAUCAUAAAUAGAAUUCAUAGGGAAUUUGCAAUUUUAAAAUAGUUGGAAUAUCUUACUAUGGUUAAAUUACACAAUUCAUUAGAAGAUGAAAAAUGA